CCUGUCUGGGCCGAGUUGGGCUCUGCCGUACGGCUAUUGGUAGGAAAACCCGGGAGAGCCCGCCCACGUGACCCGUUUGGCGCGCAAUUUUCUCGGGGUUCACGGGCUGGCCGAAGGUGCUUGCAGAAGAAAAGUGGGGGAGCAGCAGCCGCCGGUGAAGCAGCGUCAUGUCCUCGCCGGCCUCCACACCGAGCCGCCGCGGCAGCAAGCGCGGGCGGAGCAGCAACCCCCCGACUCCACGAACUGAAGAUGCUCAGUCUCCUCCUUCACAAAAACGUCGAACAGAUGACUCCACAUCUACAGGAGAUCUACAACCAAUGCCAACUUCUCCAGCAGUUGACAUGCAAAGCCCAAAUGCUCAAGAUGUUUUGUUUUCCAGCCCACCACAGUUUCGGGAAUCGGCAAUUCCACUUGAUUUUGAUAUUAGUUCACCUCUGACCUAUGGCACUCCCAGCUCUAGAGUGGAGGGUACUCCAAGGAGUGGUGUGCGAGGAACUCCAGUUAGACAGAGGCCAGAUCUUGGAUCUGCCCGCAAAGCCAGACAGGUGGACUUGCAUUCUGAUGGGCCAGCAGAGGAUGCAUUGGCAAGUGAACAAUCUCUUGGACAAAAGCUUGUGAUCUGGGGAACAGAUGUUAACGUAGCUUCAUGCAAAGAAAAGUUCCAGAGAUUUCUUCAGCGUUUUAUUGAUCCAUUGGCUAAAGAGGAAGAGAACGUUGGCUUGGAUCUUAAUGAACCACUCUAUAUGCAGCGACUUGAGGAGAUCAAUAUGGUUGGGGAACCAUUUCUGAAUGUAAACUGUGACCAUCUAAGAUCAUUUGACACAAAUCUAUACAGACAGCUGAUCUGCUAUCCACAGGAAGUUAUCCCAACAUUUGACAUGGCUGCUAAUGAGAUCUUUUUUGAUCGUUACCCUGACUCAAUAUUAGAACACCAGAUUCAAGUCAGACCAUAUAAUGCAUUGAAGACCAGGAAUAUGAGGAGUCUGAACCCUGAAGACAUUGACCAACUUAUCACCAUCAGUGGUAUGGUGAUCAGAAGCUCCCAGUUGAUUCCUGAGAUGCAAGAAGCAUUCUUCAAGUGCCAGGUUUGUGCCUUCACCACAAGAGUAGAAAUUGACCGUGGCAGGAUUGCUGAACCAUCAACAUGCAAGAACUGUAAUACAACACACAGCAUGGCACUGAUUCACAAUCGCUCCAUGUUUUCAGACAAACAGAUGAUCAAACUGCAGGAGUCUCCUGAAGAUAUGCCGGCUGGCCAGACUCCUCAUACUGUGGUGCUGUUUGCUCACAAUGACCUUGUGGAUAAGGUUCAGCCAGGCGACAGAGUUAACGUUACAGGUAUCUACAGAGCAGUUCCUAUUCGAGUUAAUCCAAGGGUGAGCAAUGUAAAAUCAGUCUAUAAAACCCACAUUGAUGUCAUUCAUUACCGUAAAACCGAUUCAAAACGUUUGCAUGGUGUUGAUGAAGAAACAGAACAGAAAAUCUUUGCAGAGGAACGUGUGGAAAUGCUGAAAGACCUCUCCAGAAAACCAGACAUUUAUGAAAGACUUUCUUUGGCUCUGGCUCCAAGCAUUUAUGAACACGAAGAUAUCAAAAAGGGCAUUCUGCUUCAGCUGUUUGGGGGAUCAAGAAAAGAUUUCAGUCAUACCGGAAGAGGCAAUUUUCGUGCUGAGAUCAACAUUCUUCUGUGUGGUGAUCCUGGCACUAGUAAAUCACAGCUGCUUCAAUAUGUCUAUAACCUGGUUCCUAGAGGCCAGUACACAUCUGGGAAGGGCUCUAGUGCAGUUGGUCUCACUGCAUAUGUAAUGAAGGACCCAGAGACAAGGCAGCUGGUUCUGCAGACAGGUGCUCUGGUUCUCAGUGAUAAUGGCAUUUGCUGCAUUGAUGAAUUUGAUAAAAUGAAUGAAAGUACAAGAUCAGUUCUGCAUGAAGUAAUGGAACAACAGACUCUUUCUAUUGCCAAGGUAAGACUCUAGCUCAACAUUGUACCACGCUACCCAGGUUAAUAUCUGUUAGAUGAUUAAAUGAGAUAAUUGAAAAGGUAACAUUGGAAUUGGAGAUGAGACUAUUGACAGAAUUGGAUCACUUAAAACCUCAGAGUUGAAUGACAGUAUAGAUGUUGGAGCUGUAUUUCAGUGAUAACAUUCAGUAUGUUGCAGACUCAGUAUGUAUGGCUGCACACUGCAUGUAAUACUCCUUCCAGAUAACCUUGUUCCAUUUUGUACCAAAGCUUUUGUAAUGAGGUUGUUUCUCUAGAUCUAGAGAACCCUUUUUAUAAAGCAUUUUUGGUGAACCCAGCAAGAGUUAAUUCUUUAAAGUCUUUUUUGUUAGAAUAAGCGAGUCUUGGGACUCUUAACAUAGCUGCUGGAAUCUUCCUUC